CAGCUGCCUUUAGAUCACUCAAGGAUUAUGAAUUCAUAACGAAUGUUGCUAUCAGAAUAACCCGGAAUAUAAUCAACACGUUGGUAGCUCCGGGAGGUGCCACUCUAAAGACAAAGCUAGAAGGGAUUUUCGCUUUAAUGCAGGACAUCCUGGCACUGAUCAAACGCCAGAAACCAUAUUUCCUUACUGGCUUUGAUUGCCUUUCUGAUGAACAGUGUACAGACAGAAGAAGGAAUAUCUGUGUCGGAUGUACCUGUUUUGAGUGUGGGACGAAUGCUGACUGUUCCGCUAAGGACACCCAGAAGCCAUUCUGUAAGCCUAGCAGUGGAAUGCAAGUCUGUGGGGACCCACAUAUCAAACAAAGCAUACGAGGAGCGAACCAGAAGUUAUGCUACGACAUAAUGGGUGCAGCAGGAAAAUUUUAUGUGUUCUUGAAUGACAAUGGCAUGGAAAUCAUAGCAAAAUUCAUUAG